CUUCACGCUUAGAACAAAUUGCUGACCUAUUUACUACAAAGGAAAGCUUCUAAAGCAUUUUACAUCGUUCUACGCUGCGUCGAAGCAUCGAUGCAUACCAGUGUUGACUUUAACCUGCCAGCACGGUAGCAGUUGAACGUACUGAACAACUAGGUAUUAACAAUUAAUUUUAGGCAGCUUGGGGCAGGGCCCUGCUCGGAGCCAUGGCUCAACAAGGCGGGGAGGAACCGCAGGAGCAGCAAGGAUACCAGCUUCAAAAGCAGCAUUACUACAAGAUAGUAACGUCUUACAUGCCGGAGAGCUUUGAGCAGGACGCAGUUCAGAUAGCUCUUGUCGCCGUCGACAAGUAUAGACAGUUGAAAGAUAUCGCCUUCUACAUUAAGCACGAAUACGAUAAGAAGUACCCUGGCAGCGGCAAGGCGACGGAGGGAGUUUACCACUGCAUCGUGGGGAAAAGCUUUGCAAGUGCUGUGAGCCACGAGACGCGACAAUUCAUCCACAUGAAGGUGGACACGUACCACGUGAUCCUCUGGAAAUCAAAGGACACGCCGUUCACGCCGGGCGGCGAGUAAAAAAGGGCUUCUUCAUGCCCGGAGGAGGAGGAGGAGGAGCAAGCUGAUGCGUGUUUGAAGCGGCUGGGGAACAGCGGAGGCGAUGAAAGGGAUUACAUAAUGGCUUAGGAUCACGUUUGUUGCUUAGGGUACCAGCCCAUUCCCUUCCGGUAGGGUACCAACCUGCGGUAAUGAUGCCUAGCUCCUAGCAGCCCACAAGAGUGUAGCAGAGCAGCAGAACGGCUAGGUUGAGGUUCGAGCGGCCUGGACGGCGUCAUGCAUGGUAGAUGUCGAUGACGAGAGGUGGUGAUGCCUAUAGCAAUACUUAUAGACCAACUGACACGACGCAGGGGACGGUGUUCAACGUGCCCACGACACGAC